AUGGCCAUGGCUCUUCGCAGACUCACUUCCACCGUCAACAAACCAACUUCACCUUUCGCCAACACCGCUUCUCUCCAUCGCAUGUCAUCUUCGCUCUCUGCACAAGAGAAUCACAAAUCUAGCCCCGAUUGGAUUAAACAGCUCAACGAUCCUCUUGAGGUGGUGGAUCCUGAGAUCGAAAAUAUAAUCGAACUUGAAAAAGCUCGUCAAUGGAAGGGACUAGAACUUAUACCUUCAGAAAAUUUUACGUCCUUGUCGGUGAUGCAAGCAGUUGGAUCUGUUAUGACUAAUAAAUACAGUGAAGGUUAUCCUGGUGCUAGAUACUAUGGUGGAAAUGAGUACAUUGACAUGGCCGAGACCUUGUGUCAGAAGCGUGCGCUGGAAACUUUUGGGUUGGAUCCAGCACUAUGGGGAGUCAACGUGCAAUCGCUAUCUGGAUCUCCUUCCAACUUCCAAGUUUACACUGCUUUAUUGAAACCUCAUGAGAGAAUUAUGGCCCUCGAUCUUCCUCAUGGUGGGCAUCUUUCACAUGGAUAUCAGACUGACACCAAGAAGAUAUCGGCUGUAUCUAUAUUCUUUGAAACAAUGCCGUACAGAUUGGACGAGAGCACUGGUUAUAUUGAUUAUGACCAGAUGGAGAAAAGUGCUGCACUUUUUAGGCCAAAAUUAAUAGUUGCCGGUGCUAGUGCUUAUGCCCGCCUUUAUGAUUAUGCACGUAUUCGCAAGGUCUGUGAUAAACAGAAGGCAGUUAUGUUAGCUGAUAUGGCACAUAUCAGUGGAUUAGUUGCUGCAGGUGUUAUUCCUUCUCCUUUUGAUUAUGCAGAUGUUGUAACAACCACAACACAUAAGUCACUUCGUGGACCACGUGGGGCUAUGAUAUUCUUCAGGAAGGGUGUGAAAGAGAUAAACAAGAAAGGGCAGGAAGUGCUCUAUGAUUAUGAAGACAAAAUAAAUCAGGCUGUUUUUCCUGGACUUCAAGGUGGUCCUCAUAAUCACACUAUUACAGGCCUAGCAGUUGCAUUGAAGCAGGCUAUGACACCAGAGUUCAAGAGUUAUCAGAAACAAGUUCUUAGUAACUCCUCGACUUUUGCUCAGAGUUUGUUAGAGAGAGGCUAUGACCUUGUAUCUGGCGGAACUGAGAACCAUUUGGUGUUAGUGAACUUAAGAGACAAGGGCAUUGAUGGCUCGAGGGUUGAGAAAGUGUUAGAAUCAGUUCAUAUAGCUGCCAAUAAAAAUACUGUUCCAGGGGAUGUGUCUGCUAUGGUUCCAGGAGGCAUCAGAAUGGGAACUCCUGCUCUCACAUCCAGGGGUUUUCUUGAGGGUGAUUUUAAAAAAGUAGCUGAAUACUUUGAUGCAGCAGUCAAAAUAGCCUUACAGAUCAAGGAAAAUUCUAAAGGCACAAAGUUGAAGGAUUUUGUGGAAGCUAUGCAGUCAGAUGCACAAAUUCAAUCUCAACUUGCUAAUCUUCGACGUGAAGUAGAAGAUUAUGCUAAGCAGUUUCCCACAAUCGGUUUUGAGAAAGAGACAAUGAAAUAUAAUAAGUGA